UCUCCCAUGUGGGUGCUGGGUCCCAAGCACUUUGGGCUGUCUUCCACUGCCUUACCAGUCAUAUCAGCAGAGAACUGCAUUGAAUAUGGACCAGCCAGGACUUGAACCGGUGUCCAUGGGAUGCUGGUACCACAAGCAGUGAGAGGCUUUACGCACUACACCACUCCCUCCCCUGGAAGCCAUCUGAUAGCAAAUGUCAAGAAAAUAAACUUAAUGCAAAUCAGGCACUAAGCCAAAUACUUUAUCGGAAUCAUCUCAUUAACCCUGUCCAUAAUCGCAUUAAGUAUUUGAUGGUAUCUAUAUUUUACAGGUAAAGAAAUGGAAUUGCCUGUUAAGUUAGAUAAGUUACUUAGCUGGGAAUCUGGAUCUCUGUGUACUUUACUGAAACCUUUUCUCUGGAGCAGAAGAAAGUGAAAGCCUCAUUUGUUUUGCACAUGCAGAAUCUUAAAAGCUCCUGGGCUCACGGACGUCAGCCUGCUAAAUUCUACCUGGGUCAGCUGUGUCUUGUCUCCUCCUUAGUCGGUGUGAGGAGUUUGGUUUGCUUGUGUUUUGUGUACUCUUUGAUUACAGUUUUCUUCACUGAGGGAGUAGAGCCUGAUGCUUACCUAGAGAACUGUAGUAUAAUGUCAGAUAUUUUGCUGAUUAGAUGAUUUGCCAUAGUCGAUGAUUCUCUCCCAUACAACCUCCUCUUGUUUCUUUUUGUGUUUUAUGAUGGCCUUAAAAUGGUGCGGCUGCUUUGCAGACAACCUUAAGGAAUUGUCAUAAAUAGCACACCUGCUGUGGUUGUGUGGCUGGUGGAGCGUUAGUAAAGGCUCAGAAUGGGUUGUACGGAAGCCGUUGUGUUAGAACUUCCAGGAAAGUGUCCAGGAAAGGUGGCGAGUGCUGUGCUGGGUAAGAAGGACCAGUACAGAGCCUGAUGAGCCACUUGGUUCUCUCUAUUCUGGGUCUCUGUGAUAGCAACAUCUACAUCAGGAAAGAAACAUACAGCUGUUCUUGCUUCAUUCCCUUCAGAGCCCUUUGGAUCAGGGUGUUUGCUCAUCUGUCAGACUCUGCUAAGAAUAUAUGGGGUGUGUGUGUGUGUGUUAGGGGAGAAUCCCAGUGACAUCACAGGUGGUUUUUUCUUUCUAGUUUAACUUAAAAUCUGUGAUUCAGAAUGUCUGACCUAGUUCAGUUUGAAUACAAAUCACCUAGACUUCAUUUUAGCAGUUGUUCUCCUACCACCAAAUGUCCUACAUUUUGCCUUUUUGUUUGAUCUCUUGGUCCCUGCAGUCUGGAAGCUACUUUAGAACAGGUGUGUGUGUGUGGGGGGAGGGUAGGGAGGGAUAGUGCCUUUCUGUCUUAUGUGACUGGGUACAGUUCUCAUCCCUGCAGUAUUUAGAAAGUAGUAUAAUGUGGGAUUCAAAUGAAAUUUUAAUAGUAGAAGAUCAUCUCACAUUGCUAUUACUGAUUGUAUAACCUUGGGCAAAUCAGUCAUCUUUCUUACAUCUCAGUUUGUUACAUAUUUUUAUGAGAAGGGGAGAGAGAACAUACAGUAUUUUCCCCUACCUGCUGGCGCACUGUUCAAAUGACUGCCACACCACGAGUGGCCUGGAGCUAAGAACCAGAAAUCCAGUGGACGGUUGGGCGUCUAUCUUAGUGAACCCCUGAUCGUCCUCCCCAGGGUGUGCGUCAGUAAGAAGCUAGAACCAGAGCAUCUGACCAAACCUAAGCACUCCAGUGUGGGAUGUGGACAUCUAUGUUGGUCUCCUGACUUACAGGCCACAUGUGUGCCCCAACUUCUGUUUUUUUUUAUGUAAAAUAGUUUUGACCUCAUGCGGUUACUGUAUUAAAUAAGAUAAUCCACAUAGCACCACAUAGAAUUGGCACAUGUAUGUGGGGAAUAUGUUAGCUAUCCAUAGCAGCUGCAGGAAUCACUGAUGCCAGGUGCUCUGCGAUAUCGUUCAUUGCAGACCCUGCUUUUCCGUUGUGUUUUGAAGUACCAUCCUUCAUAUUGAGUUCCCAUAUGUCACAUCAAAACUGAUUGCUAGGUUUUUCCUAUGCGUUAUUGGCCAGCACAAUAGAUACAUGUAUGUAUAUAUAUUUGUUUAUUUAGAGGGGGAGGGGAUGAAUCAUUCCGGAGACUAGCAAAGGCUGUGUUCUUUUCCCUAAGCACCAGGAGUAGGCUCCAGUCUCUUUUCAGGUUACUAUUUGAUUUAAAUAAAUGUAUUGUAUUCCAACUUUAAGGCUGUGUAUCCUGUUUGAUAUUUUCUUUUGGACAUCUUGAUGCAGCAAUUAAAAACCUAUUUAAUUUUGUGAAUUGGGAGCUGUAAUUGCAGUUUCCUAGCCCUGGCUCUGCUUGGCCCUUCCCUUCCCCUGCUGGUUGGUACCAGCCCAGCUGCUUGCGUUUCCCUCCUCCUUCCUCCACAUUACCCUCUCCCUUGGCCUCUCCUUUUCUCCUCCCUUUUCCAUUUACUCUGGGUUCCACCCACCCCCUCAGCUUCUCCCCUCCCCUGGUUUCUGGCUCUCUUUUGCUUUCUGUUUGUGUUACUGAGGGCAGUGCUCCAAUUACCUCAUAUUUGGAGACAGGAAGCUGCAGCCAAUCCGGUUUCUGUCUGCUUUUAGGUCAAGUGAUUUCUGAACUGCAGUGAGAUGCUUUGAAUUUGUCUUAUUGCAGCUCUGAGCCUGUAAGAUGGCUGUCUGAACGGCAGCGGCUGGAAGAGACAGAGGCGGGGAGGGAGGGAGGAAGAAUUGGAGGGAUUAACGGCAUAGUGCGUGUUUUUAAAUGUGCAUCGAAUCCGAUGAAGCCAAGGUUGGGAUUUCUCUGGGAUUCCAGGACUGCCUUAGCUACAUUUUUGCUGGAAUUAGGAGGGUAAAGAAAUGGGAAAUUCAUUGGGCUGUGUUAAGGAACCGAAAGAGUCAAUAGCUGUUCCUACGAAGGCUCCUGUAUCUCCAAAGAAAAGGGUUCGCUUCAAAAGGAAGUGGAGGGGGAAGAAAAGCCCUACUCCAGAGGCACCUCACCAGGAAGAACCCUUGGAAGGAACUGGAGUCAUUGAAGAGACUGAAACCCUGAGGAAGUUCACAGUGAGUCUCCAAAAGGAGAACAGAGUGGGAGGAGGAGAGCUCCCCCCCGCAGACGUUUUGCUGCCUGGAGACUCAGCCCCUCACUCGCAGGUGAACGGCGGUGCCGGCAUGAUUGUGCAGGUGAAGGAGAGCUUCCAAGGGGAGGUCCAGACUGCUCACCUUCUGUUAGAGAAUGAGUCAUCGCUUGCUGGAGGGGUCUGGGGUUCCCUGGAAGAGGGAAUGACUGUCAUUGCUCACCUGCUCGAUAACCCAGCAGAAAAGAACUGUGAGAAGUCAGUGAGCCAACUGGUGGAAUUUCCCAGGACAGCAUCCUGCAGCAGCAGGGCUCUGCUGCUGCCUUUGCAAGGAGAGGCUGCAGUGGAGAGAGGAAAUCCCCAGCUCACAUUUCAGAACACUGCUGUGCCUAGGACAAACUGCCACAGGAACCCAGGAAAUCGAGACCAACUUCCACAGGGCCGGAGUGUUGGGGGAGGAACCAGCAGUAAUUCGGAUGCUCCUCACACGACCUCUCGGGCUGCAGGAUGUUCUGUUCUCUCCUCACUACCAGACCAGCCAGGAGGCCACAGGCAAGCAGAACCCAUUCACGUGGACCAAGUGGCCAACCAGGGUCCCAGAUUGCCCACCUCUCAGAGUGAUUUUUCUGUCAGUGUCAUGACUGUGAGCAUUUUGCCCUGCUCCUCUGGCUAUGGCAGUGAUGGGCCACACAUUCGUGGAACCCAGCCUAAAGAUACAGAGCCAGAAAAGAGCUCCAUAUCCUUCUCGGAAGAGGAUGGCACCCUUUCUUUGGAGGCAAGCCACACCCCAUCCUGGGGUCUGGAGGAGGUAGGUGGGCGUGUCAAAGGAUAGUUAAACCAUGGUUUGAAUUCCUGAUCCACCAGUGUGGUAAGCAGUGAGUACUUCUCAAACUUAAUGCUCACUGUGGGUCCGUGCUGGAGUUUAGCAAGCAGAGUCUAUUUCAGAUCUGCCCCUUGAUGCUUGAAACCAAGACUUGUUUUCUCUGGGGAAUUCUGAUUCCAGGUAACAACACGGCAUAAUUGCCUUUGAUACCUGGUGGGCCUGUCUGUCCAUGUGCAGGGCUAGAUGUGCUUACUCCCAGGCAGAUCUGCUUUCCAGCUUUCCUGCUGUAGGAAGUUGUAGUGUUGCACGCGAGCAUAUGGGGAGGCCCAGCUGAGUCUGAAAAGAGUGUGGAAAAGGUGAUGGAUUGGUAAGGAGCUGCAGGUGAGGCAGCUAUCUUGAGCGCACUUGCUCUUCUCCGCUGGAGAAAGGUGCUCUUAUUAGAGCUGAUGCAAUCCCUCUCCUGCGGGGAGACAUGUGAGGACAGCACUCAUUCCAUGUUUGUAUCGAUGGGGAGGACUCAUC